CUUUGUUUCUCCUGUUUUCUCAGACUCUUCGGGUCACAUGACCUCCUCGCCCCUGGGCUCGCCCACCUCUCACCGGGGCAUUCACCCGUCUCUGCUCAGCCCGACGUCCAUGGGACCAUCCGGCUCGCUGCACUCGCCGCUCAGCUCGCUGGGCUCGCCCAUGAACGGCAUGAGCUCGCCCUUCUCUGUCAUCAGCUCGCCCAUGGGCCCGCACUCCAUCAACUCACCGGGGAUGGGCUACGGCUCCAGUGUCAGCCCCCAACUGAACUCUCCCAUGAACUCAGUCAGCAGCACAGAGGACAUCAAACCCCCGCUGGGUCUGAACGGCGUGAUGAAGGUGCCCGCUCAGCCAUCGGGUACCGUCCUGUCACUCACCAAACACAUCUGUGCCAUCUGUGGUGACCGCUCCUCAG